GUCGAUUUAGCCCGAGUGCCAGGUUAUUCGGACGUUAUUACGGACCCCAUGGACUUUGGUACAAUCACGACGAAAGUGCAGAAGGGGAAAUAUAGAUCUCUGGAAGAGUUUGCGAACGAUAUACGUCUCGUUACAGCCAAUGCCAAGACAUUCAAUCCCCUUGGAACGAUUUAUCACAGCGAAGCCGAGCGAAUAGAAGCAUACGCCAUAGACCACAUCAACAAGGCAGCCGCAAGCGUCAUUGAGUACGAAGCGGAUUGGAACAUCGAUGUAGAGCGGGACGAAGAACCAUCUCAAACACCAGUUAUCGACGAUGAAGAUCGGGGAACGCCCAUGGAUAUUGACGGCAGUAUGGGGGGAAGGUCGCCUUCUGUGGCUUCGCAAGUACCGGCACCGCGGCGUGGAGCUAAGUCCAAGAAGGAGGCAGGCGUGCUCUCAGAGAGUCUUGAACCAGAUGGGCAUCUACCUGGCUUCAAAGACGGCGUUGGUCAGUUCUCACCCGGCUCGGAGUGGGCAAACUUGAUGCUAUCGCUCAAGCUGAAAGGCAAAAGAUACCGAACGAAGAAGGAACGGCUGCGCGUAGAGAAGAGCGGUCCUCCGUUGAGUGCGGACGGCAGCAUAGACUAUACCCAAAUGGAAGACCCCUUCUCCGUUCUCUCUGUAUUUUUGCCUGAACCACCCUCCAAACCUCUCCUCACGUCAUUGUACCCAUCAUCCGACCCGUAUUUUCCCAGUCCUAGUACUCUGCCUCGAAAUCGGCCCCAGCCCCAGCCUCCGUUACAUACUGUCGACAAGUCGGGAACCAAAUCUCGGCGACGAUACUGGAGCAUUGUUCGCAGUGCGCCUGCGCGUCGUGGAAAGGACCGAGAAGGUGAAGGUGAAGAAGAGCUCCCGUCAUGGAAAGCGCCGCGUGAACCGCACUCGACUGAUUAUGGCACGUUUGCAACGCUAGCGGGGACGCUUGCUCAGGAAUAUCGCGUACAAAACGUCGGCACAGACCUAGGAUCUGAGGCACAGCUAUUCGGGGCACUGCGACACAGCAUCGACCAAGGGCUCUCGUGGCGGGAUCCAUCAUGGGCAAACGACGACCUCGAUCUGACCGAGCAGGGGUAUUGGGCGCGACGCGGCAGGGCUGCGGAAGACUACAUCAGAGACGUCGUCUACGGCGGUGUGGACGGACUCGCGUACGUCCGGAGUUUGGCUGACUUCGUCAGGCUUCCCUUGCAAACGGAGCCAUCAAGUGAGGUGCCCACGUACGAAGCCCUGGGUAUGCCGCUCGCGCGCUAUGUUGAGGAGACCGUCAUCGACCCGCUUACCGACGGCCGACACCGCCUCGUCCGCGAGGCGUCGCGACUGCUGCAUGAGCCAUCCACCCUAAGCGAUACUGCCAUGGCGGCCGAAGUCCAUCGCGCGCUGCACACGCUGCCCCAGGUCGCGAAGGUCCUCAUCCAGCUGCGUAAGAUCUACACGCACCCACUUGAUAUGGCCGCACUCAUCAAGGAAGCCAACGAGCUCUUCAAAGCAGACGACGAGUGGGCGGGCAAGGCGUACAUGGAGGAGAAGCGCGAAGAGCGGGAGAAGGAGCAGAAGCGCGUCGAGGUGGAGCACGAGCGUGCCCUCGGCGAGGGAGUCACGGGUAGCAACGCAAUGCAGUAUCUCGCGUUCGCGAUCAAGUCGCACGAGCAGGCGCAGGCUGCUGACGCGCCGCCUGCGGAGACGGCAGAGACGUUGGAAUAUGCACUGAAUUUUUCAGCAGACCUUAUCACGCAGCUAGCCAAACGGGACAAGUCGGAUGGCGUUGUGAAGGUGGAAAGCGAAGAGGAUGGCGGUGGCGAAGAUCCGCUCCUGAGAAAGCUGCGUCUUAACCUGCUCUCGCUGGCGAAGAGAGCGCCGCUAGACAAGAUAUCCAGGCUGCCUUCCGACCUGGUUCCAGAGGCUAUCCGCCAUAUCGUCCCCACCAUAGAGCCCGCUGCAUAACCAUCUGGACUACAGAAGAAUGUAGUUUCGCCUGUUGUUAGACCUUGCUGUAGCCGUAGCAUCUUUGUAUUUGCAUGCUGUACUGAAACUUUGACUUAUCGUGUUUCAAAAUUGUUUCACUGGC